ACAGAGUUCAUACAUGAAUAUGAUGUCCUUAAUCAAAGCUCUUUCUAAAGCAGUGGUUGUACUUGUCCUGGUCGUGUUGUGCGUUGUCCAUAUGCAGUGGGAUUUCUUGCGCAACAUCAAUUUGGUGACACCACAGCCCACCAACCACCUGGCGUCUGUGGUGAAACAGCUGAGACAUUACUUUGAGUUCCUGGUGUGUGCGCCCCAGACUCUCACAACGUCGUGUGGGGAGCAGUACGUGUCUCAUGUUAGUAUCACAUCUUUGUACCAAAUGGCAGGCAGCCUGUGGAUCGCCCUGAUGUUUCCAGUCCUGGCAUACUCUCAGAGUGGAGGAGAAUGGAUUGAUAACGUGCCAGAACCCACAGUACUCUGCACUUCUCAUCUAAGUGUGUUGCCACCAAACAGCCUAACUUGCCAUCUAGAAGAUGAUGGUAAAGAUGAUGAUGAAAUGGAUGACAUUAAAGACAUGACUCUGUGCAACAAGAACGGUGAAUCCUGUAGGACAGAAAAUGGGAAUAAUGUCACAUUUACAAAGCUGUAUCCUUCCCAAAUGUAUAAUCUCACCAUUCAUUUAAAAAGAGGCGGCACAUUUUGGAAAUCAAUCCAAUUAAAAAAAAUAAUUAAACCCAAAAGCCCUUGGUUGGUGAAUACCACAUAUCUGACUAGCUCCAACCGGGUUUUUAUUUACAUUGGGAAUCCAUACCUAAAUGAUUACCUGAAACCAAACAAUCAACUCUUCCAACUUCGAAUCUGGAGUGUGAAAAAUACCUUGGUUCAAAAUACGACUGAUCAACCUUUGAUCAUACAAGGGGACGAGUAUCUAUACAGGAACAAUGAGUACCAUGUCAAGGUCCGUGCCAAGCCGAAUGGGGGUUUCUUUGAUGGUAGCUGGAGUGAAUGGAGUGCCUCUCUCAGUUUCAGAACUGACACAGAGACAGACCCGCAGAUGAUGCACUACACCUUCACCAUGGUCGUUGUUUUUCUGCUGCUGUGCAUUUUGGCUUUGAUUAUGUUCAGGAGAAAACAAAUACAAUCCUUCAUUUGGCCCAGCAUUCCGCAUCCCAAACACACAUUGGUCCAUAUCUACAAACCAAUCAAGGGCCCUCUUGUGAGUUUUAACCCAGAGGUGUUCGGUGACCUUAACAUCCACCUCGUAGAACCAGAGGAAGAAGUCACUGGCCGAACCCCCAACUCUGAAGCCCACCCCCUCACUGAGGUCAAAGAUCAAUUCCUCCUUCAGUGUUCUGGGGAUACGAUGUCAUGCACUAGUAGCAAUAGUGGAGGGUCAGAUGCCACGCUAUUAAGAUGCGAGUCCCCGGGAGAUCACCUGGACUUUGGGACUGGGAACAGUAUGAGCAGUGGCUCCACUGUGGGGAUCCUGGAUCUGAGGAGUGACACAGACAGCAUGGAGACAAACGACAGUGAGGGCAAUGUUGGUGUUGAGAGGCUCAGUACCACCCAGAAACCGGGCAGAGACGAAGCGUACGUCACAAUGUCAAGUUUCUAUCAGAUCCAGUGAGAUACCAACUGACCGACAGACUGAUCGACCUGUUCAAGUUUAUCGUUGCUUAAUACUCAAAUUCUUACUCUGGUCUCGUGACCCUGAUGAAGGCUGCUUUUAUCUGAAGUCUUUUUGAUCCACCAUGAUUUAAAAUGCCUAUGCACUGACCACCAUGAUCAGAAGAUUAACAGAACUCAAUGCACUUAUUAACAAAUGAUGACUAUACAUCAUUGUUCAACCUUUGGUUGUGUUAUUUAUCCUUUACUACUUGCUAAAAUGAGGGAGAACUUGACAUCCAAAUAUUUUCUGCCUUGGAAUUUAUAAUGCUGCUCCUUAACCUGCAGAGGUACUCAUUACCUUACCAUGACAAUAGCUGCAGAAUACACCUACAAUGCAUCCUCACAUUCUGUAUGGUAUAAACUAUUCUUCACUUGUAUAUACUGUGGAGAAGGGAAUCAAAGCUUAUUUCCAGGAUUAUCCAGUAAUUGUUUUUGUGUUUUCUUUAAGUAUUUUUUGCACUUCCAUGAUUGUAUUUCCAGCACUGUUGCUAGUAUGUUCAGAGUUUUAUUUAGACAGAUGCAGGAUGUGCUAUUACCCUCCACAGGGCGGCAGCCUACUGGUUCAGAGAACUGAUGUUGUGCCCUUAAGAAAUGCAAGAACUGCUGCUUUAUGUCACUCCGCAUAAGAGCAUCUGCUAAAUGGCUCAAAUGUAUGGACUAGCAUACAUUAUACUAUUACAUUUGAAAUGCCAGAUCAUUUGAACAUGUUACAUAGUUUAGCACAGCAUUAGAAAGUCAUUACCAACAUUGCAAAAUUGUAGCCUUGUUUUAGUUAUUCCUCAUCUGACAAAUGCGUCUGAAUUUUUUGUACAAACGUUACUGUUGUUGAAUCAUGUAAUAAAACAUUUUAUUAAAGACAUAAUAUUGUUAAACAUGACAAAAUAAAAUAAAUGCAGAUGUCA